AUGAAGCUCUUCAACUCCCUAUUCACAGUUCUCAAAAAAGAAAACAAAAAUUUACAGGCUUUAAGAUCUCUAGAUUCAUUGCUAAAAAAUGACCUUUUAUUUGAUUCUGCAACUUCAGUUUUGGUAAUCCAUCGCCUUUGUGAGAUUAACCAAUUAGUGAGGGCAAAGAAAGUUUUGAGCCAAUUGACAAGGAACCCAAAAAUUUCUGGGUUUUUCUUGUACAGUAUUGUGAUUCACUGUAUAGUAAAGGAUGGUAGAAUUAAAGACGUUGAAUGUACUUUUGAGGAGAUUAUAGGUAAUGGGUCUUUGGCAAAUAUAAAUGUUUCAACAUUUAUGAACUAUCUCUGCAAAUUGGGAAAAGCCAGGGAGGCCAAAAAUGUCUGUCAGCGAGUUUUAAUGGAGAAUGUAAUUUUGGAAUAUCAGAGUUAUUUGGCUUUAAUUGGGGGUCUCUGUCAGAAAAAUGAGGCCUUUUUGGCAGGAGAGGUCCUUCGAGCCAUGGAGCAAAAUGGCUUCCAACCGGAUUACAUCACUCAUCUAUUGAUGUUCCAGUGUUUUUGUAGAUUGGGUCUCGUGUAUGAAGCUGAUAUAAUUCUUAGAAGUAUGAUUAUGAAAAAUUACACUCUUGAUAUAUGUGUAUAUGGGAGCUUCAUUCAUGGGCUAUGCAAAUCGGGUAAGCUUAGAGAAGCUGAUAAGCUGUUCAAAAAGUUGAUAAACAAGGAAACGACUUUGAGAGUUCCUAACGUGAAGCCUGGUCGAAGAGCCAUUUUCCAAUUGAAUGUUAGUGGCGCUAUCCCUGAGAUUAUGGCUUAUGAGGCCUAUUGCAGGUCCCUCUGUAAUGUCGGUCAGUUAGAAGAGGCUGGUGUUGUGCUCAAAGCACUGAUGAGUAAGAGAAAUGUGCCUGAAACUUGUGUUUAUGGCUCCUUCAUUAGAGGGCUUUGUCGUGCUGGUAGGGUCUCUGAGGCCAUGGAAUUCUUUAACACCAUGAGGAAAAAGGGGUGGGUCUCAAAUGUGGAGAUCACCCUUUGUGUUAUUAAGGCUCUUUGUGAGAUAGCUAAAACAAAUGAGGCUCUUGGGCUUUUUGAUGAGCUUUCGAAAGGUGGUUUUGUUCCAACAACUAGUGUGAUCAAUGAUUUCCUCACUGGUUAUUGGAGAGAAAGACAACUCAAUGAUGCAAUGAGAUUGUUUGAGAGAAUAAUGGAUGGAAGUUGUGGGAAACCUGAUGCUUCAACUUAUAGUAUUAUGGUCACAGGGCUUUGUGAAAAUGGGCAUUUGUCAAAGGCUCUUUGUAUUUUUCAAGAAAUGAUUAAUAACAAAGUGCCUGUGAAUGGCUCAUUAUAUGAUAUCAUCAUUAGGGGGCUGUGUAAAAUUGGGUCGUUUCAGGAGGCGCAUAUGCUUUUGAAUGAGAUGAUUGAAAAUGGAUAUUUGGCUUCAUAUCUGGGGUGGUCAUCACUUGUUGAUUCAAUGCUUGAGUUGGAUGGGGAGGGUCUCUCAGAAGGAUACAUCACACCGGUGCACUCGCACCAGCAAGAAAGAGGUGUACUAUAG